UUGAAUUCAAUUGUAGUGCUCGAAGAUGAAAAAUAUAUGAAGAUGCUGGACAUUAGUAACGAAGCAGCUACUGAAUUGAGCAAGCAUUUUGUAGUUCCUACUGUUGAAAUACCAGAAUUGAAAGAUAAUCUAAAAAAUGUAUUUGACAGGUCUAUUAGUGUAAGACAUCAAUUAAUACAGUUUUUAUUUAUUUACUUAUUCUUCAAUACUUAUACAUGUAACAAUGACUUUUAGAUGGAAUGCAAGCAAAAAUAUAAAUUUUUAGCAAUCAAGUCAUUCAGUUUUUCUGGCGAUGAUUCCAAGAAACUUUCCAUUAUGGCCAACAUUUACAAACUAAUAAGUCAAGAAAAAAGUAUUUUGGAUCACUGGCAAAGCUCUUCAGAAUGGACAAUAAUCAUCAAAAUAUGGGCAAACGUAUUUGAGACUUUGUUUGAGGAUACAAUGAUUGAACUGAUAUGGGGAGACACUAAGAAUGAUCCAUUCAAAAUAGACCUUCGUUUGUGUGUUGUUGUGGACAAGAAAAAACAUGAUGUUUCAAAUACUGAAUUCAAGAAAAAUGGUAAUAGAUCCGAAAGAAAAAAGGAUACCGCCAAGCUAAUGGCUGAAGGAAAGCAAAUCCUGAAUGAGCUUAUCAAGUUACACAAUCUUGACCUUGAAGAGUCAAAGAAAAAAAGAUCAAUGGUUGUUCAAGUUUGUGGCCUAAAGGCUUUAAUAACUGAAGUAAGGCUUGUAGCCCCUGGCUGUUAUAUGCCAAACCAAUUUGGGAAAACAUUGAAAUAUCCCUAUGACCUCAAAAGCGCCAAGUUGUUCCUGGAGCAAAGUUUGCAGCAACUUUUUGCCUACAAGGAUUAUGUUAUUGAAGAAGCUCGAUCAAUAAGAGGUGCUUUAAAAAAAGAUACAUCGAGCUUAGGCUCAACAACAGCUACCAAAGACCAGUACUUCAUCAAACAAGUAUACCAUGUGCAAGAUAGCAUGAAGACAUGGCCGAAAAUGAAUAAUGAUAUUUUUAAGCAAUAAAAAGUUUAUAAAAUAUAUCAAAGAAAAAGCUACUAAGCAGAUUUAUGUAACAGUAAAAAGAAGAUCAAAGACUUGUUAUUGAAUUGUACAGUUCUCACAUAUUUUUUGCAGAACAAA